AUGGAAACUGAGGUAACACAAGGAAAAUCAAAAGCAGUUUGGGAUUCAACAACACAUGAGAAAUGGAUUGAUUUAGCUGUAGAACAAGUGAGAGCUGGCAAUAGAAAUGGAUCACAUUUAAGCAAAUUAGGUUGGAAAAAUUUUAUUGAAAAAUUUAAUUUAAAGACGGGUAGAAAUUAUGAUCGAAAACAAAUGAAAAAUCAUUGGGAUAAUGUUAAAAAGGAGUGGCAGUUGUGGGAUUCAUUACUUAGAGGAGAGACUGGACUUGGUUGGGACAUGCAAAGGCAAACAGUUGAUGCUCCUAAUGAAUGGUGGGAGGAAAAGUUACAAAAGUAUCCUGAUGCUGCUAAAUUUCGAGUGAGAGGUUUAGAACAUUCUUUCAAACUGGAUGAGUUGUUUAGAGAUGUUACCGCUACAGGGGCUAGAGCUUGGGCACCAACUUCUGGUUCACUUCCUCCUUUAUACACAGAGGAUCAUAAUGAUAUAGAGAUCGAUGAGAAUUCAAAGGAAAGUGACCAUGAGAGAGUGUGUCAACAAAUAAGAAAAGAGAAGAAUUUACUUGACCCAAAUAAGAAGCAAUUUAAGAAGGGAAAAAGAAAUAAUUCUACAACAGCAAAGUUGUCCAAACAACUUGAUGAAAUUUGUGAGGCAAUAAAAAAUAGGAGCUCAUACAUACGUACCGAUCCUCCUGGAUGUAGUGUUCAAGAAGUGAUGGAUAAAUUAGCUACACUUCCAGGUUGUGAACCAAUGAGCCCUCUAUUCAAAGUUGGUACUAAUUUAUUCAUGAAGAAAGCAAAUAGGGAAAUUUUUGUUGCUUUGAAGGAGCCUAAAUAUCAAAUUGAAUGGCUGAAAGAACAGGAUUUGAACUUCUAA